AUGCGUCAUCUGAACCUGGAUCACAACCUGCUGUCGAAGCUUCCUGCGCUACAGGCUAUGCGGCGACUCAAACGUCUGAGUCUCGUGGGAUGCCGUAUCAAGCGCCCAACCAGCUUGAUAGACGCGCUCGCUGGCAUGUCAGAGCUCAGUGUCCUCGACUUGCGUCUAAAUCCGUGCACCCUGGGAUUGUAUCCGCCCCUUCUACUCAGUAGUGCCACACCGGUCAUAUCCGACGAGGCUACGCACGAGCGCAGCCGUCGACCGCCUGCUUCGAUGCCACCAUUUCCUGAUCCAGGCGUCGUCCAACCUGAUCGCGCGGCGGCCGUGUUGCGCGAGGCCAAGCGAGCGGAACGAGCGGCGCAACAACAGAUCGAGAAGUCGGUGUUUCACAAGCGUCAGCCCGGGCCAGAUUUGGAUGCACCUCGUGGUAAACGCUGGUCGGAUGAUGAGCAAGAUGAGACAGAAGUCAGUCAAGGCCUCAGUACUAUCAGCUCCAAGCACGAUGUGGGACUCGAUGCCCAGCAGAAGAUGAUGGCAGCUGCCGACGCGCGCUUUGCGCAGACCCUCCCCCCUACCUUUGCUUAUCGAAGGUUGAUGCAUCGAGGUAGUCUUGCCAUGGCGUGCCCUGCACUUGCAUGGCUGGACGGUCUCCUCGUGGAUGAGGCUGAAGUGGUCAAGGCGGACGAGCUCUUGAGCGCUAGUCCACCGUUCGCCAGCGGUGCCUUCCUCUCCUCCUCCCCUCACACUUGA